AUGGAUGCUUCUCAGCUACAAGGUUUGUCGGGGCCACAAUUACUGACGCUCCUCUUCACAUUGCUCUGCGAAGUCGCCCGACGACUCAGCAUUCCCAUCACGGUGGGUGCACAGAUCGGUGACAUCGACGAGGAAAGCGGAGUAACACAUGGCCCAGACGCAGCUGACAGUGGAAUGGCCGCAGAGACAACAGACUUACAUUCUGCGGGAUCUUCAACGGUACACCCAUGGUCAGGCCACUUCCUCAAGAACGGUGCCAUUAUGUUUGCAGCAUGUGUGGCUGCAACGCGUUUUGCGCCAACACAGCCAGGGACCAUGUACGGCAUCGAUAUGUAUGACCAAAUUGAAUUGGUUGGGAAUGUGCGUGGAGCGCUGUUGAGAACUGUUGGGGUCGCGACUCUUGUGCUGCUGUUGGAGCAACCCCGACCGGAACCUUUUGUGUUCCUACUUGCAAUCGUUUCGAAUUACAAUCGCACUGAGAAGUUUCUGCACGAUGCGCAUUUAUGUCCAUGGGUCGAGGAGAUCUGCUUUGGGCUGAAAUACGUUUACAAGAAGCGGAUGAUGAUAUUUUUCGUGAAUGUCAUGGCUUUUGUGACGAUGCUGUUUCAAAUUUUGGCUGGUUCGUUGGAGAUUGCACCAGAAGGACUGGUCGAGUCUGUGUUUGAUGCAUUGGUAAGCAGGUCAUCGAGUUCCUCCACUGCAGAGCAGGGCCCAUGUCGUGAUGCCUAUGAUUUUGCAAUGACACGAGUGUUGGCAGUCCGCCACUGGAAGAGUACAGGGUCUACGACUUCAUUAAGGGGUAGUCAUUGGAAAUGUUUUGUGGAGUCACUUUCAAUCCUGACACAAUGCAUUCUUGGAUUUGUGCUGCAACAGCUGUCGUCUGAUGACGGCGUGCUGGCCCUGCGUUCUUCAAACUGUGGAUGGGAUGAAGAAGUUGACAUGAUCCUUCGGGAGGAGACCGUGAGGUGGUCACAUGAAAUUUUAUCGAGUUAUUUCGAAGUCUCGGCUCCAGCUUGCACCAUGUCUUAUAGCGACAGCAAGGCAGUUUUCAAAAAGAGGUUUCUGGAAGUUGGUCUUACUGAUGCUAACUAUGAAGCCUUCAAUGCAGAAGGCCUGAACACCUUGGGAACGUUUGCGUUCUCAUGCAACUAUGCUCCAGGGACCGCGGAUGAGAGGCCGCUUGUCGCGUUGGCCACAAAUGUGUUGGGAAGUGCACCUUCUACUAAAGAAAUGGCAUGCAUUAGGAGGUUGUUCAGUGAAGCCUACUCGACUAUUGCUGCUGAUAUUCGGUCAAAGGUUGAGGCUUCUGACGAGGCUUCGGUGAAGAAGCUUGCACCUGCAGAGAGGUCCCAGCGUUUGAAGGAUCAGCAGACCAGGUUGUCCGGCCUCGACCUUAGAGGAAAUUACGAACCUGGAGACUCACUUGUGGAUCGAGCCGUUGCUGCUUAUGAAUCAGACAGGGUUUCGUACAUACCAUGGGAUGUUUGCGUUUCUCGUGACCAUGAAAUAGUCACAGGGACUAAGAAAGAUGCAAACCUCAGCUUUGAUUCCUCAGGCACUUUGAAGUUAUCCAAGCGCGACCAGGUUGAACCAUGUAGCACUGGAAAUGAGAUGCAGGUGCGCUACUGUCUCAUCCGAAGAGGUUUGGCGCUCGAUCAGGCCAAUAUUAUGUGUUUCAAGUUGCAUGAUCGUUUGGCAGAAAAACUCAUGAAUGCCCGUAUGGAAGAACCACCAAGCGGUUGCCUGAAGCUCAGCCUGAAACAGAUUGAGACAGCAGACAAAAAGUUUUGGACACUCAUGGCAGAAAAGACGCGUGAUGGUAUCAAGUCUGGCCCUGCAGGCCGUCCAUGUGAUGAGAAUUUUGAUGCAUGUUUGGACAGUCCUGAGUUUCUGAACCUUUUGCAGCAUCGUUUUGCUCCUCCUGCUUCAUCUCCGGGACCUUCCAAGCAGAAACCUUCGGAAGAGCCUGCCACCAAGAAGCCCAAAACGGGCCCGCAAAACUUGAAAGGUGCUUCAAAGGGAAAUUUCAUGAGAGUCCCGAGUGAGUUGUUGGCCUUGGGAUGUGUAGGUGCUACGACCAAAGGCCAUCGUUUGUGCUUCGACUACAACUUGAGGAGAUGCAAGCUGCCCGUCAAGGAUCAGCGCUGCGGCAAGGGAUUGCACUUGUGCGCGGUUAAAGGUUGUCAGAAGAUGCACAUGGCAGUUGAGUGUCCCGAUAAGGGAAAUGCUGCGCGGGAGCCUAAGAAGACCUCCUUUCUGAGCAACAGAUCUGGCAUUCACAUGAUGCAAAAGUUUUGUGGGGACGUGGAACCUCACGAACAUGCUCCGUGGGGCAUUUCUGCUGAUGGAGGUUUUGCAACGGCGUUGGAAGCCCAAUACCCGGAUGCUAUGUGUGAACAAUUGGUGAAAUUUGUGGAUGAAUUGUGCUCCGACAAGGGCAUCAAGAUAUCGCCUGCGAGCUUGCAGCAACCUCGAGCGCACAGGUGUCUUUUUGAACAUCUGACCAAGUCCCCUGUGGAUCUUGUCAAGUUGAGGAUCCAGAGGUUGAAACUGUGGACAUCCUGGGCGCGUGACUUGGCCAAAGACGAGAGCGAAUACAAGUUGACAUUGGACCCCAGGGUGAGAGCAGUCCUGGGAGCAAAGGGAAUGAUGUCCCUGUUCGGCUUCGUGUACUCUGAGGAGAAGCUUUUGCCUUUUGAGCGCAGCGCCGAGAUCCUUGGCGUGGUGUUCGACCUUGGCCUUAGCAGUGAGGGCCGUGUCUCCAUCUCGAAUAAGCCCUCCAGAGUGGAGGAGUUGAAUGAUGCCUUGCUUGGCAUAUUGAAUGAAAAAUUUGUGAUUCCGACUUCUAUGCCGUCUGUCCUGGGGAAGUUGCAGUACGCCGACUCACAUGUUUGGGGCAGAGCUGGAAAACUUGCUCUUGCUGACUUACGGGAGUUGGGGCAUACUUCUCCUUCGAAGGUCUUGCUUGAAGAAUCCCAGCUCAAGGCGUUUGAGACUCUCAGGUGCCGGCUUUGCUCAGGCCGACCAAAGACUUUCCUUGCUGAUGACGUAGAGAAGCCAGUCUUGAUCUUUACUGAUGGGGCUCUGGAAUAUGAAGGUGAUGCUGCAAAGGCGACCAUUGGCGGGGUUUCCCUAAAGCCGGAUGGCGCUUGCGAAGUCUUUGGUUGCGCAGUCCCAGACGAUGUCUUGAAACGGUGGCAAGACGGCGGAAAGACUCAUGUGAUUGGCCUCGUUGAAUUGUAUGCCUGCGUCGUCUCGCUCUUGCAUUGGAAGCCUGACGUGUCGUCCAGACGCGUCAUCCUCUUUGUCGACAAUUGGCCUGCGCUUGAUGUUUUGGUCAAGGGCACGUCGCUCCAGCCUGAAUGGAGAGAGCUUCUUUUGCUUCUCGAGGACCCGGUGGAAGACAACUUCAUGCUUUGGAUCGCCCGCGUGCCUUCAGCUUCGAAUGUUGCAGAUCACCCUAGCAGAGGGUCUCUCAAGGAGCUUGAGUUUCUGAGGCCUUACAAAUGCGUACAGCCGUGUUGCCCAGUGACGAAGCUUCCUUUAAAAUCCACAGUGUGCUAA